ACCAUGGCAGCAGUGCACCGCUGGGAUUUCCUCCGCUGUGUUCAGGUGAUAUUAGCGAGCUAAAGAGUCAUAUGUUGUACUAUACUCUGUUGAACGUUAAAUAAAGGAGAUGUCGGAUAUACUGUGUAGGUGGCUGAAUGAGGAGCUCCGGCUGUCAAAGACUGUUGAGCCAAAGACCUUUGCCAAGAAUUUCUCCAAUGGUUAUCUAAUUGGGGAGGUUCUGCAUAAAUAUCAGUUGCAGAACGACUUCAGUAUGUUUAUGAAGAAAGACACGUCCAUCUCCAAACUGAAUAAUUUUACCCGCCUUGAGCCUACUCUCCACUUACUGGGGAUCUCCUUCGACAUAAACACAGCCCAGGAACUGAUGCAGGAGAAGCAAGGUGUUGCUACACGCCUCCUCUACCAACUCUAUGUGUCACUUGAAAAUAAGAAGAAAGCAGAAAUCAGCGGGACAGUGAUGGAAAUCAUGCAGCCUGCAGCCGUUGCUGGCCUGCACAAAAAAGAGCAUGAGAUCUACUCUGAUCGACUGCAUCAGGUGGUGAAACGCGAUGCAGAGCUGAAGCUGCAGAAAAUCUCUCAGCACUAUGAGGAACAAUACCAGCAAUGGAACGAGUGCUGUGUGGUAACCCAUCCCAUCCAGCAAAGGAGACAACUCAAAGUCCAGGAUGAGAAAAGAAUGAAGAAUAUUGAGAAGCUGCAGGUGCGUCGUCAGAAGCAUAAUGACAUCAUGACUUAUAAUCAGGCCGCUAUUGUCCAGGUUCCCAAGCCACCGCCCUAUACUUCACAGAUCAACCUUAAGAGGAGACAACAGCAGCAACGCAGAACACAACAAGCACAGUUGGUGCAGAUGCAAAUAGCCCAGUUUGAGACAAACAGGAAGCAACUGAUAACUUAUGGUUUCGCUUCCCCUUCAAGUGGUCAGCCCUACCUUGGAGAUUGUCCCCUUGGUGGCAGCCGCCAGGAUUCUGAGGUCCCUGGAAGUGGAACUAAGCUGAUAUUACAAUCCAAUAGCAAGUAUAUACAUGAUAUCCGACAGAGGCUGGAGGAGAAUGCUGCAGCUCGUGAGCAGAGAGAGAAAAGAAGAGACAGAUUCCUGGUGGAGCAGCUCAAGGCCCAUGAAGCUCAAGAGGAGACACGGCGAGAGGAGCAGCUGGUGAAGCGUCUGACGCGUCAGACUCAGCAGGAGCAGCGUUUAACAGCUCAGCUCCUCCAGAUACGUAAGCAGAAGGAGGUGAUCCGGGAGAACCGCCUGUUCAGAGAUCAGCAGUGCCAGCAACGGAGAGAGAGGGACUUCCAGGAAGCUCUGGAGAGGGAGGCGGCUUUGGCUCAGCAGGCUAAGUUGGAAGGCGCCGAAGAGAUCAGAAAGGAGCUUGAAUUCUGCAACAGGAUUGCUGCUGAGCGAGCUCAGAGAAGAUACAAGAAGCACUUUACAAGCUGCAAGGACAUUUUGGAGCAAAUUGUAGACUUGGCCACCAAGGUUGGAGAAUAUCGACUGCUCACUGGGAAUCUGAUUCCAGAGAAGCCGAUGAGAGAGUGGAAGGAAUUGCUGUUCAGUGGUCUACCUCUUUAUGAGCCGAUAAAGGCCCAGCAGCCAGGGUUUGAGUUCUCUACCCCACUAGACCCUGUAGAGCUUAAGAAGCAGGAGAUACUCAAAAACCAGGACUAUGAUGAAUACACUAACAUGGUUGGUGAGUGGGCAUGGCCAGAGGAAGCAGGGGAAACCAAAUUACCCCCGACCAACAACAACAUUCUUGGACAUGUUGUCCUGCGACUGAGAAACAUUGUUCAUCCACCCAUCGUGGAACCCUCCUCACCUUCAUUUCCUCACUUUACCCUCAAGGCCUGUGUCCUGGGCAAGUUUUGCUCUGGCAAGACCACCUGCCUGGCCAAGAUUGCUGAAGCCCAUGGCAUCUAUGUCUUAUCAGCCGACAAGCUGAUUCAGGAGGCACUGAAUGCUUACCAGAUUGGAGAGGAGGUUAAAGAGCAGCAGGAAGAAAGAGACAGCGAGCAACUGCUCACAUCCCCCACAUCCCCCACAUCACUGAAACCUGAUCUUGACACACAAGAGGAAAGUAGAAACACUAACAUAAGACUGUCUACUCGGGCCAUGCAGGGAGAAGCUGCAGAAAAAGAGCUAAGGAAAGGUAGCAUCCUCCCUAAUGAGCUCUUAGUGGACAUUAUAGUAGAGGCCAUCAGGCAGGUUCCAGCUCAGUCAGGUUGGAUCCUGGAUGGCUUUCCAGUGGACAUCACCCAGGCCCACCUGCUAGAGAAAGCCCUGGGUGGGUCUGUAGAGGUAGAGUAUGACAUUGAAAGCAGCAGGAUGAACCUUGCAGUGGAUCCUAAUCCACCUAGCCCACCACCCCCCCCAGCUCCUGUACUGGACCUGGCUCUGCUGCUGGAUAUCCCUGAUGAGUGUGUGGUCAGACGUGCAUUCAGUCAGAUGGAUGCAGAUACUACUGCUGCUAAAACCUCCCAUCCCACAGACAAGAACUUGUACCUGGCGCAGAUUCCACACAGGAUUACAGCUUUUCAGGACACCUGGCCAAAACUAGAGAAAUGGUUUAGUGAAAAGCAAAACAUUUUGAUUCGUGUUGAUGCAGAUGUAGAAGAAGAGGAGCUCUGCAAGAGGGUGGAGUCUGUCCUGCAGGAACUUGUGAUGCAAACACAGGAAGCUCUUGCCACUCCUCCUGUUGCAGAUGUAGUGUUGGACAGUGGGAAAGCUCCAGAUUCCUCCUCUUCAGACACACCUGCAACGGUAGACCAAGCUCCAGCCCUCACAGAUGAAGCCCCUGUCCCCACACACUCCUAUUCCAGCCUUAAUGAGGACAAGGCCCAAAGUGUGACGUCACUUUCCAAAUCCAACACCCAUUCCCCCAGAGAACACUCUAGGAAGGUGUCAGCUUCCUCCGUGAACAAUGAGGACUCUCACGAAAACCUCAAGAACCCACCACAUUCUGCCUCUCCCUACCCAGGUUCCCCCAGCUGGGUCUAUGUGGAUGAACCCCUUCCUCCAGAGAUCCCAGAGUACCUCUACCCGCAUUGGGACACAGUGACUGAGUCUUAUGUGAACAACAUAAAGACAGUGAUGCAGCAGCUGCGCUCACAACGCAACUUUAUUAACCAUCACCUAUUCAACAUCAGAGAGGAGUACAAGCAUUACCUGGUGCGUCCUGACUUGAAGCAGGAGUUAGUGUCUCAGUGGCAGAAGGACUUCAACAGCAUACCUGAUGAUAUGAGAGAAGACGAGGAUACCAAAGCAGAGCUACAUCUGAGACUAGAUGAACUCCGUGAAAGUUUGUGGGACAUCAGCGACAAGCGUAAGGAGGAGGAUGAGCAAGAGAGGGCUGCUCUCAUGGGCUGGUUGGAGGACCAUAUUGCCAUCCUCAUCAACAACCACUCUAUACUCAUCCAGGUGGAGUUGGAACGGUUCCAUGACACACUCUGUAUUCUCAGGGUCUACUAUUUGAGCAUGUACAGACCGGUGCCACCUGAGCUACCCUCCAACUUUGUCUGUAUCCCCCUACUGGACCCCUCAGAAAUUAAGGAUAAGGACGAGAGUGCUGAACCAGCCGGUAGUCAGGUGGAUGAUGGAGAAGACAAGAGGAAAACUCGUAAAUCACAUACUGACUCAGGAAGGGUCUCCAAGACGACAGACCAGGGUCAGACAGAAGCUGCAAAGGUCAUGUCACCCCAGGAGAAACUGAUCUCUGACUACGAGGAGGCACUCACAGCCAUCAGCAAAUUGGUGUCAGCAGAAGCUCACCAGGGGGAGACAAAAGAGCAUAAGGAGAAACUACAAGAUAAGGACAAGGCAAAGGCCUCUGCAAGUGCAAACAAAAAGGAAAAAGGGAAGCAGUCAUCAAAAAAACAGAAAGGUCCACCAUCCCCACCUCCGGCACCCAGCCCUCCACUGGCUGAUAAUCCUCAAGAAUCUCAUCAUCAAGAAGUCAAAAACAAAAUACAUAAAGAAUUUGCAGCCGCACUGAAUCACGAGGAAAAUGCAGCAAAGGUGCGUAUUGCGCUGGUGAAAGGUCACGGUCUGGUGACACUGCAGUCCCUGCAAAGCAGAGCUGAACAGACCUUUAGCAGCAUGAAGAAGUGGUUAGAAACACACUAUCUUGCAGAAAUGAAGAGUAUUGACCAACUAUCAGAGGUGGUUCGUCACCACAUAGAGGCUGGUGCUAAGUUGCAGAAUCAGCUGUUAUUGGAAUGUACUGACUUCUUCCUGAAUGGCGACUGCCACAUGGUGGCUAGCCCGGCUCCUCCUCCCCGUCCACCACCACUGGAGAAACCCACAGGGUCCACCCCGACUAUCACUCAGCUCGAGACACUCCACCAACAGCUAUGUACUGUUGCUCCAUCAGGCCUCAUGUCCAGUUUUGAGUUCUCCAGUUUGCUCAGGAAUAUCACCUCUCUUAACACAGGCAGAAAAACCUUGCCUGAUCCCUGGAUCGACAAGAAUGAAACACAGUUGAUGGAGAUUGAAUCUCUGCUAACGGACGAGUAUGAACUGAUAGACUGGCGUCGGUUUCUGCUCAGUGCUGCCCUCCCUUGGCCAUUUCCCUCCUUAACACAGCUGCUGGUCGUGCUACAACGUUUCAAGGCGGCAGAUACCGGCUACACAGGCUAUAUAAAUGAGGAACAGUACCUACAAACAGAGUUGUGGUUUUCCAGUGAGACUGUCCCGCCCGUCCCUGAGGACCCCUCUGAGCCUCUACCUUAUGACCGUCUGACUAACCUACGCAAGUUCUUUUUCCAGUUGUUUGCGGACUACUCUUUCUCUCCCCCUCAACUGGACUAUGUGUCCAUGCUGCAGUACUUUGCAGCUGACCCCAACCCCAGACAGGGCUUCAUCAGAGCACUUACUGUAGUUGUGGGACAACAUCUCAAGCACUCCUCACCGGGCCAUCUUGUCGAGUCUAUGCCCAGUAUAGAAGAGGCUACAGACCUCAGCUCCUCAGAAGGAAAGUACAAGGAAGAAGAGACUCUGUAUGCAUCAAGCGGUUCAGAGGGGGAGCAGAAAGUGUCCAUAGCUGCUCUCCUUGCUGUCAUCUGUCACAAAGUCACCAAGAUGAAAGACGACAUACCCCUUCCUCCAGGCUGCCUGAGUCCGGAGGAGCACACUGAGCACUUGGUGCAUGUAUUCAGAGAGCUGGGCUACAACCCCGAGGACUGUGUCCCCUUCUCUGUUCUCUCUGAGCAUCCUUUCAUCCGCGGCCUGAUGGACACCUCAGCACAAUACCACCUUGUCAACAUUCAUAGACUGCUACUGGCCCAUCAGGAUGAAGGAGAGGCUAACAGCUUGACAGUCUCCUAAAGAAUAAGACCUCUGCAGUACAAAUACAUAUUGCUGUUUGCAAAAUAAAUACCUUGUUCACUUAGGAAAUGCAGAAGAUGUUGCUUUGGCCAAUUUUGAAGUAUUAUCAUUACUUUCACAUUUGAAAUGUUUGGUAAAAUGUAUUGCUUACUUCAGUAUUGAAUAAACAGAUUUGCAACCAUAA